UCGAUGGCCAGCGCGGGGCUGCAGCUGACCGGCUACUUCCUCGCCCUGGCCGGCUGGGUGGGCGCCAUCUGCGCUUCGGCGCUGCCCCAGUGGAAGCACAGCUCCUACGCCGGGGAUGCCAUCAUCACGGCCGUGGGGCUCUACGAGGGGCUCUGGAUGAGCUGCGCCGCGCAGAGCACCGGGCAGGUCCAGUGCAAGCUCCACGAGUCGCUCCUCUCGCUGGACGUUCACAUCCAAACGUCUCGGGCCCUGAUGGUGGUCUCCAUCCUCCUGGGCUUCGUGGGGACGGUGGUCAGCGUGGUUGGCAUGAAGUGUACGAAGGUGGCGGACCAGAACCCCGUGGCUAAAAGCUGGAUCGCGGUUUUAGGCGGCGUCUUUUUCCUGCUGGCUGGGCUGUGCACAGCCGGGGCCGUUUCGUGGUACGCAUCCCGGGUGACCCACGACUUUUUCAACCCCAGCACCCCCUUGAAUGCCAAGUACGAAUUCGGACCGGCUCUCUUUGUGGGCUGGUCGGCGGCCAGUUUGCUGAUCCUAGGGGGCAGCUUCCUGGCCUGCUCCUGCCCCAAACCGGAAGACAGGAGGGGGCAGCAAUAUUACCGACAAUCGCAACCUCCGACAACCGCCACGAGAGAACUCCCCGUCAAAAGAGAUAAUCACCAAUGUGUAUAGACACCUUCCGACAAGGGAAGCCCAAAGGAGGCUUGAAAUAAUUUUUUUUUUUUUUUUAAAUGAUAAGAAUAAUGAUAAUAAUAGUCCAGUUUUCCAACAUUCAGGCCGUCUCGUUUGGGGAAAGCGAAAGGAAGAAAAGAAAACGCCCCAUUUGGGUAGAAUUAAAGCCGCUUUUUAACAUUAUUAUUGCUGUUAUUAUUGGUAAUUUUUUUUGGCGCCUGGUUCUGCUUUUGACAAGAUGAUGUUCUCCCGUUUUGUAAA